CUAUAGUCUAUGCACUACAUAAAAUGCUCCUUUUUCAAUCUUUGUGUAUAAAUUCCUUUCAUACUGUACCCAACUAAAACCCUAGUGAUUGGAGUAUAUAUAUACUGUAAAUACGGGGGGUAUCAUUCCUUGCUCAGCCUCGGUCAUAUAUUAUUCACUUUUAGUUUUUUUUUUGUGUGUUUUAUAUAACGAGAGAAACCAAAUUAUAAGUGUUCUAGGUACUUGACGAAGAAACUAGCUCGAUCUGUCUAAACACAACGACUUUUAUCAAGCUUAUCGAUCGGUUUCUCUCUGUAUCCGUAAAGUAUAAUUAUAUAAUCAAUUAUGGACAUGAGAUUGAACCCUUCGAGAGAGGACAUGAUCAGAUUUAAACAAGAAGUUGAAGAUCAUAACCAACCGAGUUCUUUGUCCUUGUCGAGGCAACGAUGGAACAAUCCGAGGAUCGUACGAGUCUCGAGAACAUUCGGAGGCAAAGACCGACACAGUAAAGUGUUUACAGUUCGUGGUAUCCGAGACAGGAGGAUAAGGUUGUCGGUGAUGACAGCAAUUCAGGUUUACGACCUUCAAGAACGACUAGGGCUGAGUCAGCCUAGCAAAGUCAUUGAUUGGCUAUUAGAAGCUGCCAAAAACGACGUCGAUUUGCUUCCUCCUUUGCAAUUCCCACCUGGGCUUCAUCAAGUCAUUAACCCUAAUCUCAAUGGCUUAGGAGAAUCUUUUCCUGGGGUCUUCGAAAGUUUCGAUCUUGGAAGCUGCUCCAACCGAGAAAACUUGGAUCUUGAGAAGAUGAAAUGGGUUAAAUUCGAUCAAGACAGUAAUCUUGAUGGGUUCGACAUCGAUCAUCAUCACGAUGUCUCGAAUUCAAUCCAAAGCAACAAGGUUUAUUUCCCUACUACUACUACUACUUCGUCUAGCAGCUCUUAUCACUACAACCUUGGGCAUCUCCAACAGUCUCUAUUGGACCAAUCUGGUAAUGUUACUGUCGCCUUUUCCAAUAAUAGUAAUCUCAAUCCGCCGGCUGUGGAAACAGUGAGUUCUCUAUUUCCAAGGUACCCUUCGUUUAUCGGUGGUGGUCAACUUCAACUCUUUAGCGAAAACUCGAACUCGUCCAACCAAACGGAUCGUGUGGAGUAAUUUCAGCCCUUAUAGUCUCUAGACUCUUACAUAAGCUGAUGAUUUGUAGUCAUGAAUGACAUUUAUUACUACAUAUACAUAGAUACAAUUUUACUAUGGUUUAAUGGUUAUUUGUUGAAUUUAGUAGUCGUCACAUGCGUGUAAAUUUCGUACUUUUGGUAAUAUUUGGAAUAUGUACAUACAUUUUUGGAUUA